GGUACCUGGGUAUCCUGGAGAUCCGACGUGCAGUUGGGCGGCCUGCAUGGUGAAGAAGUCGGGCCGCAUCGUACAACUAUGCUGAGGCUACACUGGCGGGCUGAAGCCGGAGGGCGCGUCCCAGCUACCUUCAAAGCUUCUCUCGCCCUAUUAUGUCAGGAUGUGAAAACUUGCUUUGACUACAUUUUAUGUAGCAGCCUGUUCAUCCCGCUCUAGAGCCUUGUGCUCCUGCCGCCUGCAAGGUUGUCGACCGCCCUCCCGAGGAAACGAUAGUGGCAGGCCGCCAGCUGUUGACAAAGUGCACGAGGCUAUCCUGAGGCUUCCACUCCAACUUUCGGCCUCAUUAUAUUGUACCGAAGCCAAGUAUGCAAGCACUGGUGAACAAGCUCCCAAUGCUUGCUAAGGUGAACAUGCGGCGAUGAAGACAAGUAUAGAUUUCGUUGCUCACUCAUCGCCCUUGUCCUGCUUGGAGGCGUCUCAAGACACUGUAACCGCUUGCCAGAACGUGGACCCCUUGCCUGCACCCAGAGCAUAAGGGGCCAGUGAUGUAAAAUGCGCCAUAAGUAAGGGCCGACACUUGCAGCUUUAACCUCUAGUCAGACUCUAUGGCGGCUGGCAGUAGUGUAGAUAAGGCAACCAAACCAGCGCAGGAAGCAGGCGUAGCUUGUGGGCCAGAAGCCGUCAAAGUCCUCAACUGUGCCGCUAAAACUCCUUUUGAUGAAGAGGCCUGCCAACAGCUGCUCCUCAAACUGCGAAAGUGCAUUGAAAGCAAGAAAGUUGCUUCAUUUACGAUAUUGGGGGAGGAAGCCCACCCGCAGCCUCCUGAAGGAGCCUGAGCUCUCCCAAGGUAUUUGCCAUUGACAGAUGCAGCUUUCAAAAACAUCUCGAGUGUCGAAGAACGCAAAGGGGGUUCCUGGCAAAGACUCCUCAACCAGGAUAUGACAUAAUCUCCGUUUAUCGAUUCAAGAAACUUCGCACGCAAUCCUGGCAGGUCGACGAGAUCAUGUAAUUUUGAUUGAUCAAGGCUCGCAGAUCGAUGGUCCUCUAUAUAUAUCCAAUUCAUUGAACACACCGUCCUAUUACGGCCACAAGUCUGCAACGAUUGCCACAUGCCAGCUCGCGCGGGCUUUAUCGAACAAUAUAAAGCCAGAUCAGAGUUUUGGUAUUUUUCGAUCUAGUGAACAGCAAGCCCAGUGAACAGUAAGCAUUUUGGGAUUACUAAAAACCCUAACCUAAGGAAACACCCGCUCCGCACCCGUACCCACCCUAACGUCCCCCUAACUAGCCCUACCCGUCUCCGUUACUGUUCACUGG